GCCCGCCAGGUUGUGCUGCAGUUGCACUGGCCUCGCAUCCCUCAUAAGAAGGUCUAGUUGACCAUAUAACCAUGCCUCCCACCCGGGACCCUUUCCAGCACCCUACGUUAGAUAACGAUGAUUCCUACUUGGGAGAACCGCGGGCUUCCAAGAAAUUGCCAUACAAGAACCCACCUCACCUGGCUCAGCAAGAGGAACCCUGGAGUCGGCUCAGCUCUACUCCCACAAUUACUUCCAUGAGGCGGGAAGCCUAUUUUUUUGAUUCCCAGGUACCAAAGGAUGACCUGGAUUUCCGAUUAUCAGCCUUGUACAACCACCACACUGGGAUGUUCAAGAACAAAAAUGAGAUACUGUUACACCAGGAGACUAUCCAGGAUACCCGUGGAUACAAGAUAAAACUCUCUGGGAAACUUUUACCUUCUCCCUCAGCAACCCCCAUCACUUCCCAGGCUAGUAUCAGACACUGGAUCAAUCCUAAGAAGGAGUCCAUCCACAGCAUCCUGGGAUCCAUAGUGUCCCCUCACACUGCAGCCACCAAUGGAGGCUAUUCCCGAAAGAAUGAUGGUGGCUUCUUCUCCACCUAAGGUACACAGGCCCCUGGACUAAUUAUAGUGGAACAUCCUGCCGCUUACCUCCAUUAAAUAGAUUUGUGCAAGAU